AUGGCAAUUGCGUUGCAGAGGUCUGAGACCUCUACAACACAAUUGUCCUCAAAGAUUUGUUAAGUUAUACCAUGAAUUAAGGAAAGAUCCUGGACUUCACAUUACGACACAAAGCAAACGCGAUAGCAAUUAUGGACACGGUAGAUUGUAGUGGAAAAAUAAACAUGAUAUUAAGAGACAGGGAAACUGAUGUGCCUCUUAAGAAGACCAUACAGAUGUUACUUAAGAUGAAGACACCUUCACUAAUUUUUGUUUCUGGUUUUGAAGGAAACUGGCAAGACAUUUCACCCGCUUUACAGUUUUGAGUAACUUGGCUACUGAAGAAAAGUAUUUGUGGUAAACCUUGCUAUAUAUACAGUAUAUUACACUAUACCAUUCAUCUGUUAUUACUUGUACAAAGACAUUUUAUGUACUGUUUCUUAGAUAUUUACAUAGCCAUUCAAUGUGUUCAUAUUAAAAUUAAUCUUUCAGGUGUGAUUUAAAAGUAUUAAAAGUCUGAGGUGUAACCUUUAGCAUGUUUACUCAUUUUUUGAUGAGAUAAAUAGAUUUAUUGCUUGUCAGAUUUUAAUUCCUCAAUUAAUAGUUUGUCACAAUUGUAGAUUUGGUAUACAGGAGUUACCUGUAUAUACAACACAUAUUUUCUGUCUUCCGUGUUUUUCAUUGGCUUUCAACUGAGCCAUUCUUCUAUCCACCAAUGUAAGAUAGUGAACAAUGGGUCAUUUUGAAGCCAGCGAAAACAUGGAAUACCGAAAAUAAGUGCUGUAUAUAUGGGACCCUCCUGUACAUAUAUUCCAGGGUGCACCUCUCCUUUGUAAAUAUAACACCGUAUGUACAUCAAACUACCACACAGCAUUUAGGAACCAAGUGACGGGAUCCCCGUCUAAUUUAUAAAGUUGAUAUAUAAAUGAGGGACUUGAUGAAGAGAAUCACAUGUCGCACACAUGUUGGGGGUUACCAGAAGAUGAAGUACUAUGAAUAUUGAAUGUUAAAGUGUUGCAGUGAAUGUUAAAUUGUUUUACUGAUCUCCUGCAAACCCCCCCCUGCCCCCCUAAUUGAUCUCCUUAGGGUUACUAUUGGUUGCACAAAUUGAUGCUCAGAUUUCAUGGUUGACCUGACAUGUUGGUCUGUUAAUGUGAUAUGUUAAUCUGUUCAUACAUUUUUGUGGGACAACAACACAAUCAUUAUCAGACAAGCUUAGUAAUAAUGAGCCCAGAGUGUGGUCUCAUCAGGGUAUACCUGGAUGCUACACCAGGUUCAUCUUUCUCUUAAUCUACAGAUGCUACACCAGGUUCAUGUUUCUCAUAGUUUACAGAUGCUACACGAGGUUCAUGUUUCUCAGAGUGCUACAUAAAGUUCGUGUUUCUCACAGUACUAUGUGAAGUUUAUGUUUCUCAUAAAAGUACAGUUCAUCCCAUUAAAGUGUAACAGUGUUACUCGGAGGGAACUCCUUUCUCAGGCUCAGAAUUCCUAAGCAACGGUGAAUGUUUUAGACCAUGAAGCAUAACUUGGUGCUAAAUGCUCGUGCUGAUAACCCACUGCAGUGUUGACCUCCCAUGGAGCACAGCCACAGGCACAAUACCAGCCACCAGUGUCUCAACCUUCACACACACACGCAAACUCAAAUAUUCACACACAGACUAUACACAAACAGGUAAUAACACCUUCGUUAAGUGUGGUGGUGUUUGGCUCGCUCUCUAAAGUAGAAUUUGUCACAGAUAUCAAUGUUAUUGGCUAGCUAAGGAAAUUGACAUUACAAAGGGUCAGUGCUGUAUUCAUUGCUAUGCCCACCUCAAGAUUUUUUGUCAUGUCUACUCAUCAUCUUGUGAAAACUUCCAAACUUGUUUGUAAUCAUGAUAGAAUAAAUAAGUAACCUCACA